AUGAUGACGAUAGAUAUGGCAAGCAGGUCUGUGUCAUGGGAAAGGGGUAACACGCCCCAAUUAAACUCUCUUCACGACGUAUUUGAUGCGAGACACAAUAUCGGACCCGGCUUAUAUAACUUCUCUCCCAUAAAAAUUGGAAAACAUAGAGAGAACGUUGUUCGUUUACGGCAAUAUAUCGGCUGGGAGCAACGUAAACUAAUGAAGGCUUGUUUUCCACAGAAUCACUCCAAAGAAGUACUAUUGCUGUGCUUUUCGUGCACUACGCUUGGGUCGGGGUUUUGGGCGCGGACUGUAUGUCCGUUGACCUUCGAAUAUGCUGUGAAGAGGCCCUUAUACUUCAAGUUCCCAACUCUCAAAGCAAAAUUGCGCAGGAGACGUGCAUGAACCUUGAAUUUUCGACCCUGCUCAGCGCUGGAGCCGUCUCGGCCGAAACAGAGUUUACACGUUGCCUAAUAACACUACGUCACAAGUACAGUUUGUGGAGCAAUGCGACGAUAUCCUGUCUAGCCUGACUUCCGGCUGACCACAACCCGUGAGUCCUUCAUCAUAGGGAUCAACUAUUAACGGAGAGUAGAGAAACGUCACAUAGUACAGUGGAAGAUCGUUCUAUUCGAGGUCUGUCGUAGGACGACUGUUGAUUGACUUGAAAUCACAUUGUAAUACUGAUGUUUCAAAAUGAGUGGGGGUUGACUGAAAACGCCAAAGCCCGUAAUUGCAGAUCAUGUCU